AUGGACGACUCUCUUGACGAUCGGACUCGUCGAGCCGCCAGUGUAUUAUCUAUGGAUGACCUUGAGGCUGCCCAAGCUUUGGAGGGCCUUCGCACCGAAUACGGACAGUCACCACGGGCAUCGAGGCAAACCAUCUCGGGGACCUCACCGAAUCCUUCACAGGCGGAACCGCUACUCUCGCUUCUCACGUCAUCGCACCCGCUCAUCUCCUCCGCAAUCAACGGCUCUGUAUCCGCAUAUACCACCUCGAAAUCGUACUCUGCGCGCUUCAAGUCCGGCGCUGAGUUCAUCGAGCGCAAUAUUGGCUCACCGGUCGCGAAUACCGUGGGCUCUGUUGGUCGCAAGACUGGUGUUGAAAGCGGGCUGCGCUGGGCGCUGCAGCGGAGGGAUUCUUCGCGGGACUCGAACCAUACUAGUAAACGUCGCAAGGUGAACAGCGAAACUCCUAUGGAUGUGGAGCAGGGACCGGAGCCGAUGCUCCAAGGCCAGAGUGAAGGCCAGACCCAGAGCCAACCACGGACGCGCAGUUCUUCGGAUCUGUCAAUGGCUGAGACUCUUCCACCGUAUGAUGAUACACGGUCGCCUCGGUAUGAGGAGAAACCCGGACGACAGACCCCGACGUGGCAGAGCCGACUGGUCAUUUCAACCUCCGGGUUAGGUGUUGCUAUGAGCGAGGAAUCACUGCGUAGCUUGACAUACUGUUUAACCUGGUUGCGCUGGGCAAACGGUCGACUCGGACGCGCUAUUGUGGCACUUCAGAAUGCCUUAACAGAGUGGGACCAAAAGAAGAGCCAGUCCCAACAAAGCGAUCUCGAAGGCGGAGAGAGCGCGUCGCUCUUGACACAGCGGAUUCAAGCCGUGAAAGCAGAUGUCCUUUCAACAUUGAAGCAGGUUGUCGACGUUGUCUCGAAGUAUGCUGGAGGGGCGUUACCGGAAAACGCCCGUCAUCUCGUCCGACGACACCUGACAUCUCUGCCUCAGCGAUUCCAAAUGGCCAGCACAUCCCAACCACCACCCGGCUCCGUCGAGGCUUCUUCGGACGCGACGGUUGGUGCGCAUCGAAUUCUCGUUCUGGCCAACGAAAGCUUGGAUAUUCUAGGCCAGGUUAGCGGUGUCGUCAACGACACCCUCGUUAGUGCAGAGCACUGGUGCGAACGGCUGGGACGCAAGCGCCCCGAUAACAAACCCGCACAGGAUGCGGAAAAACAGAAUCCAUCUGCGACGAAUGCUCAAUAUGGAAUGGAUAUCAAGCAGCCUCUCCCUGAGGCUGCUCGGGAUGUGCAGAUGUCUGGAAUUGAGAAAGUCUGA